UUCCGGACUGGGCGUUCCACAUACAGGAAGUGAGUUUUCAACGACUGCUGCAGCCUCCCAGUGUCCGUGCAGAUCAGGCUCUUCCACAGAUACGGAGACAGUUCCACCGGAGGGGGAGUAUAUAGAGGAACACAGGGUUCUGUACAAGGACGUGAUGAUGGAGAAUCACCGGCCCCUCACAUCACUAGAUGGGCCCAGUAACAGAGAUACCCCAGAGAGAUGUCCCCGUCCUCUGUAUUCCCAGGAAUGUACAGAGGAGAAUCACAGGAUCCCACAGGAGGAUCAGCGUGAAGCCCAAUUAAAUAAUAUUAAAAUAAAAGAUACAGAGGGAGAAGAAGAGACGUAUGUGACUGAUAUAAAGGCAGAAGAUACAGAGGGAGAAGAAGAGACGUAUGUGACUGAUAUAAAGGCAGAAGAUACAGAGAGAGAAGAAGAGACGUAUGUGACUGAUAUAAAGGCAGAAGAUAUAGAGGGAGAAGAAGAGACGUAUGUGACUGAUAUGAAGGCAGAAGAUAUAGCGGGAGAAGAAGAGACGUAUGUGACUGGUAUAAAGGCAGAAGAUAUAGAGAGAGAAGAAGAGACGUAUGUGACUGAUAUAAAGGCAGAAGAUAUAGAAGGAGAAGAAGAGACGUAUGUGACUGAUAUAAAGGCAGAAGAUAUAGAGGGAGAAGAAGAGACGUAUGUGACUGAUAUGAAGGCAGAAGAUAUAGCGGGAGAAGAAGAGACGUAUGUGACUGAUAUAAAGGCAGAAGAUAUAGAGAGAGAAGAAGAGACGUAUGUGACUGAUAUAAAGGCAGAAGAUAUAGAGGGAGAAGAAGAGACGUAUGUGACUGAUAUAAAGGCAGAAGAUAUAGAGGGAGAAGAAGAGACGUAUGUGACUGAUAUAAAGGCAGAAGAUAUAGAGGGAGAAGAAGAGACGUAUGUGACUGAUAUAAAGGCAGAAGAUAUAGAGGGAGAAGAAGAGACGUAUGUGACUGAUUUGAAGGCAGAAGAUACAGAGGGAGAAGAAGAGACGUAUGUGACUGAUAUGAAGGCAGAAGAUACAGAGGGAGAAGAAGAGACGUAUGUGACUGAUAUAAAGGCAGAAGAUAUAGAGGGAGAAGAAGAGACGUAUGUGACUGAUAUGAAGGCAGAAGAUACAGAGGGAGAAGAAGAGACGUAUGUGACUGAUAUGAAGGCAGAAGAUGCAGAGGGAGAAGAAGAGACGUAUGUGACUGAUAUAAAGGCAGAAGAUAUAGAGGGAGAAGAAGAGACGUAUGUGACUGAUAUAAAGGCAGAAGAUAUAGAAGGAGAAGAAGAGACAUAUGUGACUGAUAUACAGACAGAAGAUAUAGCGGGAGAAGAAGAGACGUAUGUGACUGAUAUAAAGGCAGAAGAUAUAGAGGGAGAAGAAGAGACGUAUGUCACUGAUAUAAAGGCAGAAGAUAUAGAGGGAGAAGAAGAGACGUAUGUGAGGGGUGAUCUGCAGUGUAAGGAGGAGGAGAUCCCUAAAGAUAUCAGCACAGCAGAUGGACACACAAGCAGGAACAUCUCAGAAGGACAUCUAAUGUUAUCCCCGGAUUGUGACAUAAAAGAUAAUGACAGUAGACAGGAUUCUCCAGGAGAUAACCCCAUUACCCCAAUUAUACAUCCAGCUCUAUCAGCUGAUCCCUCUGAUCCUGGGAAAUGUUCUCCUGAUCACUCUGAUAUUGGUGCAUCUGUUACAGCUCUGACAGUAGAUACAGUGUUUUCCUGUUCUAUAGAUGCACCAUGUUUUACACAGAACACAAAGCUUAUUGCACAUCAGCCAGCUAAGGUAGGUGAGAUGCAAUUUCCAUGUUCUGAGUGUGGAAAAGGUUUUUCACACAAGUCAUAUCUUGUUAUACAUGAGAGAAGUCACACCGGAGAGAAGCCAUUUUCAUGUUCUGAGUGUGGGAAAUGUUUUACACGGAAAUCACAUCUUGUUCAACAUGAGACAAGUCACACCGGAGAGAAGCCAUUUACAUGUUCUGAGUGUGGGAAAUGUUUUACACGGAAAUCACAUCUUGUUCAACAUGAGACAAGUCACACCGGAGAGAAGCCAUUUUCAUGUUCUGAGUGUGGGAAAUGUUUUACACGGAAAUCACAACUUGUUCAACAUGAGAGAAGUCACACCGGAGAGAAGCCAUUUUCAUGUUCUGAGUGUGGGAUAUGUUUUACACGGAAAUCACAUCUUGUUCAACAUGAGAUAAGUCACACCGGAGAGAAGCCAUUUUCAUGUUCUGAGUGUGGAAAACGUUUUUCACACAAGUCAUGUCUUGUUAUACAUGAGAGAAAUCACAUCGGAGAGGGGACAUUUUCAUGUUCUGAGUGUGGGAAAUGUUUUGCACAGAAAUCAACUCUUGUUAGACAUGAGAGAAGUCACACCGGAGAGAAGCCAUUUACAUGUUCUGAGUGUGGGAAAUGUUUUUCACUGAAAUCGAAUCUUGUUAUACAUGAGAGAAGUCACACCGGAGAGAAGCCAUUUUCAUGUUCUGAGUGUGGAAAAGGUUUUUCACACAAGUCAUAUCUUGUUAUACAUGAGAGAAGUCACACCGGAGAGAAGCCAUUUUCAUGUUCUGAGUGUGGAAAAGGUUUUUCACACAAGUCCUGUCUUGUUAGACAUGAGAGAAGUCACACAAGUGAGAAGCCAUUUUCAUGUUCUGAGUGUAGGAAAGGUUUUACACGGAAAUCACAUCUUGUUAGACAUGAGAGAACUCAUAGAGGUGUGAAGUCAUUUGCAUGCUCUGAGUGAUUAAUAAAUCAGCUCUUGUUGGACACAGUAGACAUCACACAUGUGGGGAACCAUUUUAAUCUGCUGGAGCAGGGGUUCUCAAACUCGGUCCUCAGGGGCCCACAUAGUGCAUGUUUUGCAGGUCUCCUCACAGAAUCACAAGUGAAAUAAUUAGCUCCACCUGGGGACCUUUUAAAAUGUUUCAGUGAGUAGUUAAUACACCUGUGUACUUGCUGGGUUACCUGCAAAACAUGCACUGUGUGCGCCCCUGAGAACCGAGUUUGAGAACUCCUGUGCUGGAGUAUAUUCAUCUUCACCAUUUUCCUGCAUUGUUCCUUCAGGUUUUAUCCUAUGUCCUGUGUUUUUUUGUUUUUUUUUUCAAUAUACAUGCUGCUAUUGGGUGAAAUAAUAAGACAUCAUGUCCUCCUUUACCUCUGCUAUACAGAUAUACAGUCUUUGCUCCGGGUACUGAAAACAAUACCAAUACUAAAUGUCUAGCUGAGCUCCAGGUGUGGGUGAUGCCAGUUGGCCAUGAUACCAUGUCCUAGUGAAACAGGUCCAUAUCCUAAUGCACGCCAACUCGCCUGUCUUCUGAUUACUUCCUCCCAC